GAGAGAGAGAGAGAGAGAGAGAGAGAGAGAGAGAGAGAGAGAGAGAGAGAGAGAGAGAGAGAGAGAGAGCUGUUGUGUCUGUGGAACGCACUGCGUGAGGCACCGUGUUCGGUUGAUAGGGGGCCAAGCUAGUGGGCUAAUCGGGGAAAACAUAAUCACCACCUCUCCUAGCGGCUUUAAUAAUAUCGUAUUUCCAUAUAAAGAUUAUGCGAAAGCCGCCGAGCCUGCUCGAGCUGCCUUGGUUCCUACUUCGCUAUGUCGGCACCAGAGCUUGCUAGCUAGCGGUCUAUUUACACUACAGAUGCUAUUCCAGCAGCGGAGAAGGGGGCAUGAAUAAGCAAGAGGGAGGAUGGGUUCUCGUUUUCCUGACGGCUAGCUAGCCUUAGAGCUUCGCUGAAAACAAGGACAUACUGAAGGCACAGCAUUAUUCGAUUAUUUUGUACCCCUGUCUGACGGAGUUUUGUUCGUGAAAUGGUUUAAAGUACUUCUUCAAAUGGGGGUUCGGCCGUCAAGCACCCUCUGUGGGUUGUUGUUCGGCACACGGAGUUGGAAUGUGGGAAAUAGCUAGCUAGGUGGCUAGCUAUCCGGCUAGUCUCAAUAACCAAAUGCUGCUGCUACCGUGCAGAUCCGAGCGAGAACACCAGCGACUGGAGACUUGGGCCCUGACGUUGCGCCAGCUCCUUUUGCUUUAUCGGAGGAAGAUUCGGGUCGAAAAGAUGGUCGUUUGAGAUGUGAUUUUUUUUCCUGUUGCUGCCAUGUCCAAAUGAAUAAUGACAGGCUGAACCUCCAAACCAGUUGAAUCUCUUUUGAAGGGGGUGAGGUGGACUGAUAACUAUCUAACGGAAACAUAUAUCUAAAAACUGUAUCUCUGAGGUUUACACUCCUUGGUCUUACCUGGAACUCUAAGCCACGUCUUUCAUAUCUGCUAAUUUAAAGUACACAGACUUGAGCUGCAAAUAUGGAUAAAUUAACAAUUAUAUCAGGAUGUCUGUUUCUGGCAGCGGAUAUCUUUGCAAUCGCAAGCAUUGCAAACCCCGACUGGAUCAACACAGGCGAAUCUGCAGGUGCCCUGACGGUAGGCCUGGUGCGGCAGUGCCAGACCAUCCACGGUCGGGACCGCACCUGUAUCCCCCCGCGGCUUCCCCCCGAGUGGGUCACCACGCUCUUCUUCAUCAUCCUGGGUAUCAUCUCCCUCACGGUGACCUGUGGCCUGCUGGUGGCAUCCCACUGGCGCCGCGAGGCCACCAAAUACGCCCGCUGGAUUGCCUUCACCGGGAUGAUCCUGUUCUGUAUGGCGGCGCUCAUCUUCCCCAUCGGCUUCUACAUCAACGAGGUGGGUGGUCAGCCAUACAAGCUGCCCAACAACACGGUGGUGGGCUCCUCCUACGUCCUCUUUGUCCUGUCCAUCUUCUUCACCAUAGUGGGACUGCUGUUCGCAGGCAAGGUGUGCCUGCCCGGCUGACUGCGGCUACCACUCUGCCACCUGGACUUUAAGCUGGGGCCGAGGAAAAACAUACAAAGGAGAUCAAUAAAAUGGAGGAAAUGAAAAAUGGACGACUAAAAAGAAAAACACUGGCCAGGAAGCAGGGAUGGGAUGUCUCUGACGGACGGUGUGACGAUAUGCAGCUGGGACGGUUAACGCGGAAUAACAAACUAACUGAGAUGAAUAGACAUGGACGAAUAUGGACGCUGUCGAACUGACUCAGGCUUUUUUUUCCCUCUCUGCCUUUGCUUAUUUAAAACAUGUUAUUUUUACAUUGUUGUUGUUGCACUUUGGAGAGCGAUGUGGGAGACACACGUCCACACCAUGGGGGGGUGAAGAGGAGUGGGGGGGGGGUUGGAACAACCGCCUUCCUUUCCCCAAACCCCCUGCCGUUGCCACGGCAACAGUAACUAUGACGUCACACCUUUCGGAGGAUCUCCACUUCACCCUUCCUGCCCAGCGAGAAAACAAACCGUUGUCAUCUCAACUGUUCCUGUUGCUAUUUUUGGCUUCUUACACUAUUUCAGUUGUUUUAGUAAGUCGCUCUGGAUAAGAGCGUCUGCUAAAUGACUUAAAUGUAAUGUCAUGUUUUAGUUUCUUCCAUUUAGUGUUUUUUGGGGUUGUUGCUUUCUCCUCUCCCCCUUUUUCACUGAGGUGAAGUUUGGGCCAACGAACCUCUGGAGGAGCUGUAAAGGUAUAUUAAGAGGCUUCUGGUGGGGUCAUUGUCUCUCUGCCUCCCCAUGUGUGGUCUGGGACAAGAGUCACUUCAGCCAUGGUUAGGCAGUAACUAGG